AUGCCGUCCGCGGAUCCGCUCGACGUCCGCGCCUUUGCCAACACCCAGCUCCUCCUGCUGGACCACGAGCUCCAGAGCGAAAUCGACGAGACCAGCCAGCUCGUCUCCAACCACAGCCCCGCCGGCCUGCAGCGGGCCGGCCUGGCAAUCACCAACCUGGUCGUCUCGUCCCAGCGAACCGGCCUGGGGGGCAGGACGCUGCUCCAACUGGGCCCCGACGGCGCCACCCGCAGCACCGUCGAGCUGCCAGAGCACGGCAUCCGGACGGGGGACAUUGUUCUCGUGGCGGAGCAGCCCGCGGGCAGUGCCAGGAAGAGAGAGGUCCGGGAGCUGGAGAAGAAGGGCUCCAGGGGCGUCGUGACCAAGGUGCAGAGGGCUUCUGUGAAUGUCGCCCUGGACGACGACGCGGACGAGGCUGCCUUUUCGGGGAGGGUCUGGCUGGUCCGGCUCGCCGAUGAAGUGACGUACAAGCGCAUGAGCCUUGCCAUGACCAAGUUGCAAAAGAUGGGCGAGGCCGAGUAUUCAAGCUUUGUCAGGGUCCUGUUUGGCCUCUCCAGCCCGUCGCCCGUCGCGCAGGACCUGCAAGAUGCCGACGUUGGUCCGGUAGAGUGGGUUGACGCCGCCUUGAAUGACUCCCAAAAGGACGCAAUCCGCUUCGCCUUGGCCUCUAGAGAGAUUGCUCUCGUCCACGGACCGCCAGGGACAGGCAAGACGCACACCCUCGUAGAGCUCAUUCUCCAACUGGUCAAGCGAAACCAGAGGGUCUUGGUAUGCGGCCCCUCCAACGUAUCCGUCGACAACAUUGUCGAGCGGCUCUCGCCUCACAAAAUUCCCAUCCUCCGGCUCGGCCACCCGGCGCGUCUUCUCCCCUCCGUCCUAAACCACUCGCUCGACGUCCUCACCAGCACCUCCGAAGCAGGCGCAAUAGUCAAGGGCGUCCGGGCGGAAAUGGACGCGCAGCAGGCAUCCGUCAAGAAGACAAGGAGCGGCAGGGAGCGGCGCGAGAUAUACGCCAACCUCAAGGAGCUCCGGAAGGAGUAUCGCGAGCGCGAGCGCAAGUGCGUGAGCGACCUCGUGGCGGGGAGCAAGGUCGUCCUGGCUACGCUGCACGGCGCCGGCGGGUUCCAGCUGCGAAACGACGAGUUUGACGUCGUCGUCAUCGACGAGGCCAGCCAGGCGCUUGAGGCGCAGUGCUGGGUUCCGCUGCUGUCGGCGAGGAAAGCCGUGUGCGCGGGCGAUCACCUGCAGCUGCCGCCCACCAUCAAGUCGCUCAACUCGGGGGGCAGGGCAAAGGCCGGAGACGAAGCGCUGCCGCUCAUCAAGGGCAUGACCCUCGAAACCACCCUCUUCGAUCGGCUGCUGGCGCUGCACGGCCCCAGCAUCAAGAGAAUGCUCACCACGCAAUACCGGAUGCACGAGAGCAUCAUGAGGUUCCCCUCCAGCGAGCUGUACGAGGGGAAGCUCGUCGCCGCCGAUUCGGUCAGGGCGAGGCUGCUGAAGGACGUCGAGUACGACGUCCUGGACAACGAGGACACCAACGAGCCUCUCAUCUUUAUAGACACCCAGGGGGGAGAUUUUCAAGAGAAGAAUGAGCAAGACGAAAAGGAGGGGCCGAGGAGCACAAAGGCCAGCCUCCUUGGCGAGAGCAAGAGCAACGAGUUGGAGGCGGCGCUGGUUCGGCAACACGUCAGACGACUCGUUGACGCAGGGGUUCGCCCAGAAGAUGUUGCCGUCAUUACCCCGUACAAUGCCCAGCUGGGUGUACUGGCUCCCCUCAAGGAAACCUUCCCCGGCAUCGAGCUAGGCAGCGUAGAUGGCUUCCAGGGCCGAGAAAAGGAAGUCGUGGUCGUCAGCCUCGUGCGGAGCAACCCCGACGGCGAGGUCGGGUUCCUCGGAGAAAAGAGGCGACUCAACGUGGCCAUGACGCGUCCAAAGCGCUCGCUUGUGGUUAUUGGAGACUCAGAGACAGUCAAGAGAGGAAGUCGUUUUCUUAAAAAGUGGAUGGAGUUUCUGGAAGAGAAUGCUGACCUCCGGUAUCCUGAUAUUUCCACGCUCUCCCACAAAUAA